AUGAACACAUCGAGACCCGAGUUUUCACUAUGUUGUCAGAACGAUAACGUACAACUGCCUUAUAUGAAAAAUGCCCCACCUACUCUUUCCAAUUUGCUUUUCGGUACGGAUAGGCGGAGCAAACAUUUUCAGGACAAUAUUCGUUCUUACAACAUGAUGUUUGCUUUCACAUCACUUGGCGGAAAGGUCCAAACAUCUAUUAAUACGGGUGCUGGACCAUACACAUUUCUACUUCAAGGUCAGAAUUACCACCUAUUGGGUAGUAUGUUACCAGAGGAAGGUGCACGACCUAAAUUCGCACAGCUUUACAUCUUCGACACGGAGAAUGAAGUCCGCAAUAGAAUUGAUGCUGUCAGGUCUGGAAAUGGCUCGAACAACCUUGAUACUCAAAUUGUUGCAUCCUUGAAGGAUAUGAUCUACGAGAACAACGUCCUUGCUCAGUCUUAUAGAGCUGCCCGUGAUCGAUUUUCGAGAGAAGGUCUGCAAGGUGUUAAGCUAAAGCUGGUUAAGAGUCGUAGCACCGAUGGGAGGACUUACAAUCUCCCUAAUGCGAGUGAGAUUGCAGCGUUGAUAGUUGGAGAUUUUGACAUGCAAGAGGGUGUUAGAGACAUUGUGGUUGAGACUCAGUCCAAGAAGCUGCAACGCAUUAGUGAGUUGCACCCAUUGUACCUACCGUUCCAGUAUCCGCUCAUAUUUCCUUACGGGGAAGAUGGAUAUAGAGAAGAUAUUGGUUUGAGAGACUCUUUUCGAGUUAACAGUGGAAAACGAAAGAACUUAACCAUGCGAGAAUACUUUGCGUACCGUUUCCAAAAAAGAAGCAUCGACAGUCCAGUACUGCUGAAUUCAAAAAAGUUGUUCCAACAGCUUGGAGUGGACGCGUAUUCUAUGAUUGAGUCGCAAAUGUUGAAUUUUAUUAGGCACAACCAGGAUCAGUUGUGUGUGGACAUGUACAAAGGCAUUGAAGAACGUUUUUUCAAAGGGGACACUGAGGGAACAUCAGUUGGAAAGCGCAUAAUUCUGCCAGGUUCUUUCAUUCCCGGACUUCGGUACAUGUUCAACAAUUUUGUCGACGCACUUCAAAUUUGUAACUGGAUUGGUUUUCCAUCAUUGUUCAUAACUAUUACAUGCAAUCCACAAUGGCCUGAAAUACAAAGGGUCCUCAAUGACACAAGUCUCAGACCGGAGGAUCGCCCUGAUAUUCUAUGUCGCGUAUUCAAAAUGAAGUUGGAUAGUUUGAUGACGGAUUUCAAGAAGGGACAUAUAUUCGGACGAAUCAGAGCACGUAAGUCAUGA